AGUUCCUCAACUCGGCAGAACUCCUUUGAAAUAUUUGUUUACAAUUUGUGGGUGUGCGCUGGUCGCCCCUAAAUUAAUUUUAAUAUUUCAGUAAGAUGAUUAAUAUUUACAAUCGAAACUUUAGUCAGUUUUUUCAUAUUUUUUAAAGCUUCUUAUAUUUGUAUUCAUUUUGAACUACUUAAUCAUGAUUUUACGUUUUUUCAAAAGUGAUAUUAUAGGACCUGGCUUGGUGUUGAGUAGCAAUGUAAAACACAUCCUCCAUUGUCUGUUGUUUCUUACUCUAUUAUUGACCUUUGAGAUUUUUGCUGGAGGUUUAUGCUUCUGGUCUUGUGAUACAGAUUUUAAAGAUCCAUUUGAACAAUAUGGUUAUUUUCCUGCCAUUCUUUUAUACUUACUAAGAUUUUUGACUUUUCUUGCUUUACCUCAGUGUUUAUUUAAUUGUUUUGGUUUGUUGUUUUUCAAUGCUUUUCCAGAAAAAGUACAGCUUAAAGGAUCUCCUUUACUGGCACCUUUUAUUUCCAUCCGUGUUGUUACUCGAGGAGAUUAUCCUGAUUUAGUUAAAAAUAAUGUAAAUCGGAACAUGAACACUUGCUUGGAUAUUGGGCUUGAGAAUUUUUUGUUCGAAGUUGUCACAGAUAAAGCUCUGAAUUUGCCCAAACAUCCGCGAAUCCGGGAGAUUGUUGUACCUUCUACUUACAGAACUAAAUCGGGAGCCUUAUUCAAAGCCAGAGCCUUACAAUACUGCUUAGAGGAUGAUGUAAACAUUUUAAAUGAUUCAGAUUGGAUUGUACAUUUAGAUGAAGAAACCAUUCUCACCGAAAAUUCUAUAAAGGGCGUUAUUAAUUUCGUUCUUGAUGGCAAAUAUCAAUUUGGUCAGGGCAUGAUUACUUAUGCCAAUGAAAAUGUUGUGAACUGGAUGACAACUCUUGCUGACUGUUUCCGAGUUGCAGAUGACAUGGGGAAGCUGAGAUUCCAAUUCCAAAUUUUCCACCGUCCACUGUUCAGUUGGAAAGGAUCGUAUGUUGUUACCCAAGCCGGUGCCGAGCGUAAAGUUUCUUUUGAUCACGGCUUAGAUGGAUCUGUUGCAGAAGAUUGUUUUUUCAGCAUGAUUGCUUAUAAAGAAGGAUAUACCUUCAACUUCAUCGAAGGAGAAAUGUGGGAAAAGAGUCCCUUCACACUGUGGGAUUUCUUACAACAACGAAAACGAUGGCUUCAGGGAAUCUUUUUAGUGGUUCACAGCCCCAAGAUUCCAUUUCGUAAUAAAAUUUUUCUUGCUUGCGCCCUUUACUCCUGGGCUACAAUACCUCUCAGCACAUCAAAUAUUGUGCUUGCUGGAAUUUUCCCGAUUCCUUGCUGGCAGAUCAUAAACUUUCUUUGCGCUUUUGUUGGAGCAAUGAAUAUUUAUAUGUAUAUAUUUGGAGUAAUCAAAUCUUUCAGCUUAUACCGACUUGGACUUGUAAAGUUUAUAAUGUGUUUAGUUGGAGCCCUUUGCACAGUGCCUAUUAAUAUACUGAUUGAAAAUGUUGCAGUAAUCUGGGGAUGUUUUGGCAAAAAGCAUAAAUUUUAUGUUGUGAACAAAGAUGUCAAAUCUACUAUAACUGUUUAAAUACUUAAUUUAUUAUCAUGUUUGCUAUGAAUGAUUAAUCAUGACAUUUUCAACACCUAAUUAGUACUGUAGAAAUGAAAUCUAUGCAUAUUUGGUCAUAACUGCUCAAAAUUUGGUGUUUUAGCUGCCUCAUCUAUUUAUAUUAUCAUUUUGAAAAAUAUAAUUAUAUUUGUACAUUUAAAAGUUAAUAAAUGGUUCCUUUUUAUGAUGUUUAAAAACAUUCUAGUAUUAUUUAUUAAUUUUUUUUUACUUUUGAUUUUAGUAAGUGAAAGAUAAAUAAUAUAAAAGAUGACAGUUUAUUAAAAUGUAUAAAUACUUAAUACUAAAAAUUAUACAUAUAUGAUUUAUUAACAUUUAUGUUGAUAAAAUUAAAACCACUCUUCGUUUUCAAAAAUUAGCAGUGAAAUAAAAUUAUUUGGAAAUAUACUUUGCUUUAAUAAUUUAGACAGUUUUAUUUAAACAAAUUUUUCUGCUUGCUUUAUACUGCAAUGUUGCUUCCUAGUUUAAAGUAGUUUUUAUAUCCAAAGUUAGUUAUUAUAUUGUAGUACGUACAUAUAUCUAUUUAUAAAUAGGAAAACUGAGAGAAUGUUUUUAACAUUCUAUGCACUUAAAGCUUUUUAGAUCCGACAACUACAUCUGAUUUUGAAAGAUAUUUAUUAAACUGGUUAAUUCCUUACUAAUAUACUCAAAUUAUAUUUGAAAAGAUAUCACUCACUGGCAAAUUGCUGCUAACUUAUUAUUUUUCUCAAUGUUUUGAAGUUUUGAUGCAUAUAAAUAACUUAUAAAGAUUAUCUUACAUUUAUAUAUAAAACUAAAAAGGGAAAUUUCAAGUUCAUUCAUGUUUACAUGAGCCAGUAUGUUAUUCUAAAACAUUUUUUUCGAAUUUUGUUCAUUUAACCUUUAACUUUCCAUGUCUUUCUCGACAGUAAAUAUUUAAUUUAAGAAAUACUAGGAAAUUAUCAAAUGCUUGACAUUUUGCUAAGUGUUUAAUGCUCUUUUAUUUAUUCUAAGAUAUAAUGUACAUUGAAAAUAUGUUCUUUUUCUUUGAAAUAACAUCAUUUCAUGACUGUACAUUCACAUACGUGUCACCAAAGUAAUAAAUUAUCUAUUAUUUGUAAUAUCUAGUUUAAAUAUUAGUUUUACGUGAUUCUAAAUAUGUAAUCUUGUUAACACUCAACUGCAGCCACCGGGGGCAUUAUCAUUUCACUUAUUGACAGACAUAGGAAGAUUCAAUUUGUACCCACCAAGUUCCGAAAAUUAUUUGUAUUAGAACCUUUUUCUUUACUAAACUAACAUUAAAAGUUUUUGCCAGAAACUACUAGUGUUUUUUGUAUCACACUACUCACUACAAUACUUGCUUAAAAAAAUAGCACACUACACUACAAAA